ACGGGCCUUGAGCGAAAAGCCCGGCCCAUAAACAACUAGGGUUUUGGAUACAUAAACGUGAAACACUGGCUUCCUCCACAUACAGCUGCAAAACCUAGAAGCAAACCAGAGAGGAGGAGCAGCCAUGGUUCACGUCUCCUUCUACAGAAACUAUGGGAAAACCUUCAAGAAGCCUCGUCGCCCCUACGAGAAGGAGCGUUUGGAUGCAGAGCUGAAGCUCGUCGGAGAGUACGGGCUCCGCUGCAAGAGGGAGCUCUGGAGGGUGCAGUACGCUCUCAGCCGCAUCCGCAACAAUGCUAGGAACCUGCUGACGCUUGACGAGAAGAACCCUCGCCGGAUCUUCGAGGGUGAGGCUCUUCUCAGGAGGAUGUUCCGUUAUGGGCUUCUUGAUGAGACCCAGAACAAGCUUGAUUAUGUGCUCGCUCUUACUGUUGAGAACUUUCUCGAGCGCCGCCUGCAAACCCUGGUUUUCAAGUCUGGUAUGGCUAAGUCUAUUCAUCAUGCUAGGGUUCUCAUCAGGCAGAGGCACAUCAGGGUUGGGAGGCAGGUUGUGAACAUCCCAUCAUUCAUGGUGAGGAUGGAUUCACAGAAACACAUUGACUUUUCACUCACAAGUCCUCUUGGUGGUGGUCGCCCAGGACGUGUGAAGCGAAAGAACAUGAAGGCUGCUGCCAAGAAGGCUGCUGGUGGCGACGGUGAUGAGGAGGAUGAAGAUUAAAUUAUAAGUUGCUAGUGCGCUGAUACAGUGUUCCAGCUUUUUAUUUCAGUUGCUAGACUUUUUUAGAUUUUUUGUCGUGCUUGACUCUUAUAAAUUUUCCAUCCUUGUUCCUGUUUGAUGAAAAUCUUCACCCGAGAGAUGUUGCUUUUGAACUGUUCUUUUCAAAGUAUGAAGUUUUGUUCCAAUGGCUGUGAUGGUCUUUGGUAUUAAAUUAAAUUGAUGGUUUUAGCCUUCUUUGAAUGCA